CAAGAGUCCACCGGAGCCGCACCCCGCGCACGUGCGCACCAUCGCUAGCAAAUACACGUUGGGCACGCCAUUCGGCUCCGAGGCGCAUGAGCUGUUCCAUAUGUCCACACUACCGUGAUUCCCUGCAGCAGGGGGCGCACCUGUGCUCCCAUGCGCGCCUGGGUGGCUGCACUGCUGCCGGCAGUGUCGGCAGCCGUGCUCGCCAGAAGAGGCCGCUCGGUCGAGCGGCGGCCGCUGGCGGACCCGCGGGCCGCCGAUGACCACGGCGACGAUGCGCGCAACGCGUCCAAGGUGAUGGUACUUGGUCGGUGGAUGCCCUCGCUCCCCGAGGCCGAGAUCGUUGCAACGCUCCGGGCCCUGUUCGAGAGAGCCCGGGAGCCGUCGCGCGUGUACGUCGGCGUGGUGCAGCAGAACUCUCGGGGCCAGCAGGCCGCCCUGGAGACGCCGCUGGCCGCCCGCCUCUGCAGCGCGCUGGCGGCGACGCCGGAUCUGCUGGACGAGCCCCACGGCAGCCACCAGUUCCAGGGUCGCCAGAAGGACGAGGACGGCUGGAGCCCCUCAGAGGCCAGCUACACACCCGAGUCGCUCGCCGCCUGCGAGCCAGCAAGCCGAGUCCGCAUGUACCACGUGGCCACGCGGCAGGCCAAAGGCCCCGCUGACGAUCGUGGGCUGCAGCACAUGCGUCUCAGCGGCAGCGAGGAGCUCGAGGACUUCUGCAUGCAGAUCGACACCGACACCGUCUUCACCCCGGGCUGGGACGACAAGGCCAUACGGCAGUGGACCGAGAUGGACAACGAGUACGUGGUGUUGUCGGCUGUGGACUCGGAGGACCCCAUGGUCACCGGCCAGUACGUUCUCCCACGACCUGGGAACACAGCCAGCAGCUGGGUCCAGGAGGCCGCUGAGCGCGGGUCUGUGCCGGUGAUCGUGCCAGGCAACGGACACGACGGCAGUUGCCACACGCGUUGGCGUUCGGCUUUUCGUGAUCGGCUCGAACUUGUCGUCCAGUCGUCCACUCAUCCAGUCGAGAGCGACAACGAGCUCGCCGAACCUCCUCGUCUCCGCCUCCACGUCUCCUCAAUCGGAGGCGUGGGCACCACGAGCAUGAUGCAUGAGUUGAAUAGGCUGAACCCUCCGAUUGCCACCAACCAUCACAGCGACUUGGACAGGAUAAAGCACAUCCCUUUUGGUGACAAGAUCCGAAAAAGUGCUCCCGAUAAGAUCUUGUACAUUUACGGGGACCCCGUCCACGCAGUCAUAUCUUUGGACAGAAGAGGUUGGUUCCACCAUCAGGCCAUGAAGGUUCGCAGUGACCCAUGGCCGACAGGGCUAAGUAAAGCGACAGGCAUGACUAAUUUGUCGCAGUGGUUGGACGACCCGGGCGACGAUUUUCUCCAGCUCGAGCGGCAUUUCGGAUCAUUUUAUCACCAGUGCGAGUUCCCUGUCGCGUUCUUGCUGAUCAACGAGAAGACUGAACAUUUGGACGAGCUUGCAGCGUUCCUAGAGACCGAUAAGACCCAGGUUGCCCGAGUCCUUCACGAGUGGAAACCGGAAAGGAUUACGGCAGAUACCCAUCCUGAGCCGUCGACGUUAGACUACGAUGGAUUGAAGGAUCGAAUCGCAGAGAAGUUGAAGGGCAUCAUCUCGAAGUUCAAGGCGUUGCCCGGGUUCACAACCGUGAUUCCAGGAAAAGACUGUUAGAGGCAGCAUUGCGUCUUUUAGCAAGGCCUAGUUGCUCGUCCUCUGUCAACGUUUAUUUGCUUUGUCCAGAACCCCAUCAAGCAUUAUCCCCCCGACCUGUCCUGGAGCGUGAUCUCGCCAGGCUUCGUUUCGAAUGCAGGCGUGGCGACAAAGACCCCCCAGGAGGCCACAACGUUGAUUUCAAAUCACCCCAGCGUCGAUCCGCGAUUAACCCUUCUUCUAUUCACCCGUCCUCCAUCCAUCACUUCCUUCCAUGCUUGCCGUUCGGAGCGAUCGAUGAUGCAUGAUCAGAUUCGCGCGUAGGUUUGGAUCCGUAAUCAUGGCGCCCGGCUGGAUUGCCCCUGCGAGUUAGCGUCGCCUGCGGAGCUGGAGAA